CAGCAUCUGCCUCUUCUCCACUUACGACUUCGCUUCGUGACUUUGGGGCCAGCGCGAGAGGAUUGCGCCUCUGCACUUUCGUCACGACUCACGCACCACAAUCCCAGUCACAAGCAACGAACGCAGUGCCAUCGCCAAGAAGACCUCCCCUGCAAGCUCCUAGAGACACAGACUCAGCCGGCCACCCUAUUCAUCCCCCAUUUCGCCAUGGACUCUCAGGUCUAGCUCAUCAGUCGAGCCUCAGGGAGUCAUCAAGGGGUGAGGGGGUGCGAGUACAAGGGGGAUCUCCGAGCCACAGAGUCGAGCUCGCGCACAGAAGCACCUCGAGUGUAGACCGAAAGCAGCUUUAUGACGCUUCGCUGUUAGUAUCGAGGGAGCAAGGGCUUCCGCUUAGUGAUGCAGGAGCAGAAAGGGAGGCUGAAGACCGCCAGAGCGCUCUUGGCGUCAUUCAACUUUGCCGGCUUGGUAGAGAUCUCGGAGCAUACAUCUGCUGGACGAGGCUUGAUCUUGGCCGGGUCAGAGCCGAGCAAGUCGGACGAGCUACUUUUGCGCGUCCCCUCUACUUCCCUACUCAAUGUUCGCACGGCUAAGCGCUGGCUGCACACGUCUUUACUACCUUCCAAACAAAGCCCAAGUCAUCCAUACAAUAAUGCAACAAUCGGAGAAUCGCCACAAUCACCUCAGUCGGGCUGCAAAGAGAUACAAGCAGACACCUUAAGUGGGAAAGAGCAGGGAGAGGCGCACGUGCCUCUUCCUCUGAGCAGUCAUCAAGCUCUCGCGCUACUGCUGGCAAUUUGGAAAUCCGCACAACGUCAGCCGGCUCAAAAUGGCUCUCACGAGCAGACUGGUGAAGGUCCGCUUCCAUCGGCGAGUACCUUGGUAGAUGGCGCCUCGCCAGCAUUCUUGGACGCCUUCUUGGGCACAGCUCCAGCUUCUUACGAUACUCACCCCGUGUCUUACUCGAGCGAGCCCUCUGCUGGAUUUGUGCCAAGCAUUCUGGCCAAGUGUCUGCCGUCUCACGCUUCAGAGCUUGUGCAAAGAGUCAGGAGUCGCUUUCAUCGAGACUGGUCCGUGAUCGAGAGCUUACAACGACGUCACCCUGAAAUGUUGAUUCCGCUUGAGGCAAUCUCUGAGGCCUUGACAUCAACAAAAAAGGCAUCGCUACCUCAGCCGUCCAUUACAGUGACAAAGGAGCACUUCAAGUGGGGCUGGUUGUGUGUCAACACCCGCUGUCUACAUCUACCUCAAGGUCUGACUCCUCAUGCAGACAAUCUGACGCUCGCUCCGAUUCUCGAUUUGGCAAACCACAAGCCGAGCUCUUCUUCGGAUGUUGGUGCCUGCAACGUUAGGCACACUCCGUCGAGCGGCUUGGAGCUACACGCUCCGUCUCGUCGGGGAGCUUUGCGAUCAGGGGACGAAGUCACAUUCUGUUAUGGAGCUCAUGCAGCACAGAUGCUUUUCGCGGAGUACGGCUUCGUACUGCCUCGCCAACGAAGUCCCUCUAUGGAGUCAAGCCCAGUGCAACAAUGGAACGGCUGUCCGUUCGCUGAGGUCAGAUUGGACGAUGAAAUCAUUAGGCUUUUCAAAGAGCAGGGAGAAGAAGGCAUAGCUAAAGAGAGUUUAUUACAAGCUAGAGGCUACUGGCUAGACUACACCAUUCACCCAGACCCGUUCCCACCUCACGCUUCGCAUCGACUUAUCUGCGCCCUUAGACUAUUGCACGUACCCUUGAGCUCGACUUCUGUUCACGAACAUUCUGAUCAGAACAACUUGGUGCGCACCUAUCCGAUCACGUCUGCCCCUUCCAUCAACCGUUCUGCCGGGCACACGAAUGCAGAACUCCAGGGAUGGGAAGCUACCCUGCUCGGGCUGCGCCAUCACGUCAGCGACGAAAAUGAAGAGAGAGCACAUGGGACCCUCAUGAAGUUAUGUCAAGACGUAAUGGAUGAUCGGACCUCAAGACUCUCACUUCUACAUAGCAUGUUGCAGAACAGGCACUCUGAAUCGCUUAUCGAAGCAUCAGAACCUGUACAAGAGGCGUCGGCGCAGGACACGGACAGCAUCAUCGACAUGGUCCGCACAAUGCUGAUCGAUGACUUUGAUAUUGCACAGUCUGUACUGACAAUCACUCGAGCGGGCGGAAUCGAAUCGGAAUGGUCAUAGAUUAUACAUCG